AUGCACUUCCUCAGCCUUGCUCUCACUGCAAUUUUGCUGCGUGGAGUGAAGGGCCAGAAUGGCCCUUCUCCGCAAUAUGACUUUAUUAUCGUCGGCGGAGGCACCGCCGGACUGGUUGUUGCAAACAGACUUACAGAACUACCCGACGUCACCGUGGCAGUUAUCGAGGCUGGAGAUUCGGUUCUCAAUAGACACGAGGUCACUGAGAUCAUGGGGUACGGUUUGGGUUUCGGAACAGAUAUUGACUGGGCCUACCAAACCGAAAACCAAAUAUAUGCCGGAGGAUCCAAGCAGGUCAUGCGUGCCGGAAAGGCCAUCGGGGGCACAAGAAUGUCGUAUACUCGAGCCCAAGCCCAACAAAUUGACAACUGGGAACUCGUUGGGAACAAGGGUUGGAAUUGGAACAGCCUCAUCCCAUACUAUAGGAAGUCAGAAGGAUUUCAGGUGCCCUCUCUCGACCAGAUCGAUCAUGGCGCCGAUUACUUUAUUAGCUAUCACGGGGAAGACGGCCCGGUAAAAGUUGGCUGGCCGAAAGCAAUGACCAAUACCAGCAUGCUUCCUGUGCUCGAUGAGACCCUCUCGAAGCUUGGUGUCUCUUACAACCGUGAUAUCAAUGAUGGCAAUAUGAUUGGGCUCACUUCCCAUCCGGACACUAUCGACAGAGAUGCUAAUAUUCGUCAAGACGCAGCCAGAUCCUACUACUGGCCCUACGAAGACCGGCCAAAUCUAAAAAUUAUCUCAAACACCCAGGCAACUAAGAUCAUUUGGGAUGAAGGGUCUCAAAGUCAGGCUAUUGCGAUUGGAGUUGAGGUUACAGGCGUGAAUGGAACUGAAACCAUCUACGUUUCAAAGGAGGUAAUCCUGUCCGCUGGAUCAUUGAAAUCGCCUCUUCUCCUUGAGUUAUCUGGUGUUGGAAACCCAGAUAUACUUAAAAGGUAUAACAUUCCCGUCAAGGUUGAAAUCUCUACUGUGGGUGAGAACUUGCAGGAUCAGACAAACAAUGGUCUCUCUUACGACGGGAAGGAGUUCUGGUUUGGCAUGCCGACUUUCUCUGUCUUACCAUCAGCCAACCAAAUAUAUGGUGACAAUGUAUCUGCGGUUGCUGCCUUUGUCAACUCAAGUCUCGCAGGUUACGCAAAGGCUGUAUCCAACUUUUCGAAUGGAGCGGUACUGGAAGCCAAUGCUUUGGCUGCGUUCCAGCUUCAGUAUGAUUUGAUAUUUGAAUCACACGUACCAUAUGCGGAGGUUGUUUUGCUUCCUAUCGCACAUUCGUUCUCGACCGAAUAUUGGCAUCUGCUGCCCUUUUCAAGAGGUAGUGUACACAUAAAUUCCGCAGAUCCAUCUCAAACAGGUGCUAUUAAUCCAAAUUAUUUCAUGUUUGAACACGAUCUUAACGCCCAGGCGGACGUGGCUCGAUUUAUACGAAAGACAUUUCGUACCGCUCCUCUAAGCGACCUUGUAGGGGAUGAAUUUGCACCGGGACUUGAGCUUCUCCCUGAGAAUGCAUCCGAUUCCACAUGGGCCAGUUGGGUUAAGUCUACCUAUAGGUCAAAUUUCCACCCUAUUGGCACUGCUAGCAUGCUUCCUCGAGAGAAAGGUGGCGUUGUGAACGCUGAACUCAAGGUUUAUGGAACGGAAAAUGUCCGAGUAGUUGAUGCUUCUGUCUUGCCAUUCCAACUGUGUGGUCACUUGACAAGCACUCUCUAUGCCGUGGCUGAAAAGGCAUCGGACAUCAUCAAAACAAAGUAUACAAAAUGA